ACUCAUUCUCGUGUUUAGUUCUCCCUGUUUGAAGGAACAGAACUUAAAGUAGCUUCAUCGUUCUCCUGUCGAUGUGCCACAUCAACGCGGGGCAGCUAACGCGAACUAAGUGAAAGGCAUCACCGAUAAAGGGCUCAUUUUUCAUCUCUGCUUGACGUGGCUGAGCUGCAAUAAAAGGCUCUUUAUAUUCCACCAGGCUACAACGGUGCACCUGGCAACUAUUACCGCGGCACCACCGAGGAGAUGUUUCAAAUAAAGAGGAUCUGUUGCAUUGGUGCGGGUUACGUAGGAGGCCCAACAUGCAGCGUCAUCGCCCAGAUGUGCCCGGAAAUCACAGUGACUGUUGUGGACGUCAACGAGUCCCGAAUCAAGGCCUGGAAUUCUGACACUCUGCCCAUUUAUGAGCCUGGACUGAAGGAGGUGGUUGAAUCAUGCAGAGGAAGAAAUUUGUUUUUUUCCACAGACAUAGACUCGGCUAUCAGGGACGCAGACCUCGUCUUUAUCUCUGUGAACACCCCAACAAAGACGUACGGGAUGGGGAAAGGUCGCGCGGCUGACCUGAAGUUCAUCGAGGCGUGCGCCCGGCGCAUUGUCGAGAUGUCCGACGGCUACAAGAUUGUCACGGAGAAGAGUACGGUGCCAGUGCGCGCUGCCGAGAGCAUUAGACGGAUAUUUGACGCCAACACCAAACCCAGCCUCAACCUGCAAGUGCUGUCCAACCCAGAGUUCCUCGCAGAAGGAACGGCGGUGCGGGAUCUGAAGGAGCCAGACCGUGUCCUGAUUGGUGGAGAUGAGACGGCUGAAGGUCAAAAGGCGAUCAGAGCGUUGUGUGCUGUAUAUGAACACUGGGUCCCCAAGGAGCGCAUCAUCACCACAAACACGUGGUCAUCUGAGCUCUCCAAGCUGGCAGCUAAUGCAUUCCUGGCACAGCGAAUCAGCAGCAUCAACAGUAUCAGUGCUCUGUGUGAGGCCACUGGAGCCGACGUGGAGGAAGUGGCCAAGGCGAUCGGCAUGGACCAGAGAAUAGGGAACAAGUUCCUUAAAGCCAGCGUAGGUUUUGGUGGAAGCUGUUUCCAGAAGGAUGUGCUGAAUCUGGUGUAUCUGUGCGAGGCCCUCAACCUGCCUGAGGUGGCUUCCUAUUGGCAGCAGGUGAUCGACAUGAAUGAGUACCAAAGACGACGGUUUGCCUGCAGGAUCAUCGAUUGUCUCUUCAACACUGUUACCGGCAAAAAGAUCGCCCUGCUGGGCUUCUCUUUCAAAAAGGACACAGGUGACACGAGGGAGUCGUCCAGUAUCUACAUUUCUAAGUACCUGAUGGAUGAGGGCGCCAAGCUGUUCAUCUAUGACCCCAAAGUCCUUAAAGAGCAAAUCAUUCACGACCUCUCCCAGCCCAGCAUCUCCGAGGACAACCCAGAGAGAGUGUCUGAGUUGGUGACUGUGACAUCAGACCCUUAUGAGGCUUGCCAGAGCGCUCAUGCAUUGGUCAUCUGCACAGAGUGGGACAUGUUUAAGGAACUGGACUACGAUAAGAUUUACAAGAACAUGCUGAAGCCGGCUUUCAUGUUUGAUGGCCGCAGAGUGCUGGACCACCUUCACCCUCAUCUCCAGAGCCUCGGCUUCCAGAUCGAGACCAUUGGUAAAAAGGUGACACCGGCACGAAUCCCCUACACUCCAGCAGCUGCUGGUCCUCGAAUCACUGCCAGCGACGUUCCCACCAGCAAAGCAAAAGUCUGAAACUCAUUUCUUCAUCACUCAACAUGCAGCAGAUUCCUCCUAGCCUUUUUUCCCCCUGUAGCUGGUGAAACAAUCCAGAUCCUUCUCCCUCAGAUGCUGUAUCAUGCCUGAUGAACAGUGUGUGGGGGAGAUUGGAUGAGAGCUGCUGAUCCUUGAAUCCAAAAUUUGUGAAUGAUUGUUUUUUGUUUUUGAUUGAAGCAUUCCUUAUGUGGUUAGUUUUAUACAUUUCACAUGUCAGGUACACCUGUUGUUGGACUCUUUUCUGAUGAACACUAUCAGCCUGAGUGCUAUAUUUACUGUACAAUCAACUAUUGUUCUAAAUCACAAAUUUUAUACUUUUUUUUUUUUGAAAGUAUUUUUAUAAAUCUACUGUAUGUUAGUCUGUCCUCAAUAUCUGUGGCUGUUUACUCAAAAGGGCCAAUGCAAUAAA